CAAUAAAGGCGGCGGCACGCCGCAGCGGCUAGCUCGGCCUUUUGGGAGCCCGUGACCCUCGCUUCUGGAGUCUCUGCUGGCCCGUGUCUCUCCCGCCCGGACCCGCGCCCACGAUGCUGGCGCUGCGCUGCGGCCCCCGUCUGCUCGGCCCCCUCUCCGGCCCGCGCUCCGCGCACCUGCGCCUACUCGCGGCCCGCGCUUGCAGCAGCGGCUCCCGAGACCCGUCCUCUUCCUCCCGGAACCCGCUCGUGUACCUGGACGUGGGCGCCGACGGGCAGCCGCUCGGCCGCGUGGUGCUGGAGCUGAAGGCAGAUGUCGUCCCAAAGACAGCAGAGAACUUCAGAGCCCUGUGCACCGGGGAGAAGGGCUUCGGCUACAAAGGCUCCACCUUUCACAGAGUGAUUCCGUCCUUCAUGUGCCAGGCCGGUGACUUCACCAACCACAACGGCACAGGGGGGAGGUCCAUCUACGGGAGCCGCUUUCCUGACGAGAACUUCAAACUGAAGCACAAGGGGCCAGGUGUCCUGUCCAUGGCAAAUGCAGGCCCCAACACUAACGGCUCCCAGUUCUUCAUCUGCACCAUAAAGACAGACUGGCUGGAUGGCAAACAUGUUGUGUUUGGCCAUGUCAAAGAGGGCAUGGAUGUCGUGAAGAAAAUAGAAUCUCUCGGCUCCAAGAGUGGGAAGACAUCCAAGAAGAUUGUCAUCAUGGACUGUGGCCAGGAGGGGAAUACCAGCUGGUAGAGGGCCACUGAAAGUUGAAGCCACAAUUCCAAGCUGAAAGACCUGGGAAGGUCACAUCCCCUGCCCUCCAGACAUCUUGAUGCACACCUACAGUAUCCCAGGGCAUGGCCUACACACCCCGGCUCUGGAGAGCUCUCUGGCGGCUGAGCUCACUGGCUCAGCCCAUUGCCUGCACUGUAAGAAGCACUUCAUGAUCUUGGGCUGAAGUCUGGGUCCCUGUACGCCCAUCCCAGUGAUCCCAGCCACACAGGGGCCAUGCAGAUUCUCUCCUGGCCCCCAUAGGUCCGAUGUGAGCAGCUCUGGAGUCUUCCCUCCCCCAGACCAAAGCCAACCUGAUGUCCAGCUCCCCUCCCAUACUCUUCAUGCUGGCCCGAGCACCCCCCCGAACUCGUCUUCCAAGUGGGUCCAGAGAGACCAGAUCAAGCAGGCCUGACACCACCCUUGCUCCCUGUGGUUUACACUUUGCAAAGCAUGGCCACAUAAAUCAUACAACCUCACGUCCUGUGAGGGGCACAUUAUCACCCUCAUAUAUUACAGAUGAGGAAACCAAGGCUCCAAGACAUUAAAGGCCUUGCCAGAGGCCUGCAGCUUUACCUACCUGCCAAGGGCUGUUGGGAGAGAACUUUCUCCUUUAGAACCUUAACUUACCCUUCUGUAACUGGUGUUGGGGGCGUUUAAUAACAUUUGCUGUACGUGUGAUAGGGAGAGAAGUAAACGAGAUGACUGUCUUAAGGUAAUUUCUAACCAUAAAGAGCUCUCUGUAAGACACUGUAAUUGCUGUGUGACCUCUUGCAAGUCACUUAACCUCUGUGUGCCUCAAUUUUUCUCCUCUACACAAUGCGCUAAUAAGGGUACCUACUUGAUAGGGUUGUUGUGAAGAGUAAAUAAGUUAAUAUGUGCAAAGUUUUUAGAACAGUGCCUGGUACAUAAAGAGCAGUGUGGAUCAGUAUUAAUAUCAUGUAUUAUUGCUAUUAUUAUUAUGUAGAGGGAGCCGGCUGGGAACAGGGGAACCAGCUGAAUCCCUGUGGAAAUGCACUUGCAACAUCCUGGCCAUCCCUGCUCCUUGGCCAUGACCCUGUCAGUGCCCCUUCCCAACACGGGUCCUGGCUCAGCCCUGCCCAGGCACUGGGUGGAGGAGCUGGGGAAGCUGUCAAAGCGACUCCCCUCUGCGGAGGGAAAAACAAGUCAGCAGCUGGGAUUGAUCACCCCAGGGCCAUCCCCAGCCCCCGCAGUGAGGCAAAGUCCAUUAGUGUUUUCUUCUCAUGGGGGGCAGGGCUGGCAGGGGGGAGCCGCAGCUGGAGACUGACGGGAAAAAGAUGUGGUAGGGGAGGGAGGGGAGGGGAAGUGGAGAGUUCUUAGGAGAUGGAUACCACACAGGUCAGAGCUCAGGGGGCAGGAGAAAUAAAGCAACCCCUCUCCACCGUGGGGGGCAGGGAGAGUAUGGGGGGACAGAGGCUCUGAGCCCCUCCUCUCAUCUCUUCAAAGGCUCCUGAUUGCUGGGGAGCCCGGCAGGGCCACCACCCCCUCUGCCCUCAGCCCAGCUUGCCACUUCCCUGAGGGAGAAGAGCCCUGUGACAGGAGAUUGGGGGGUGAGGCAAGGGGAGACCCGGUCCCAGGCCCCCCUGACUGGCUGAGUGACCUUGCUCAAGUCCCAUCUCCUCUCUGGACCUCAGUCUCCCCGCUGCACACAGUAGGUGCUCAGCAAACAAGGGCUGAAUGACGAGGAGAAGGAACAGCAGAGCCACACGCACUUGGAAGAUUCUUCCUCACUGGGCCCGGGAGACUCUGAUCCUGAGUGUGGAGACGGGGAGGUGAUGGUCAGGGACGCUGCGCUUGGACUGAGCUUCGCAGGAUGGAGACGAAGCAGGAGAGGCCACUGCCAGCCUGGGGAAUGGCGGUACGGGCCUGGCAUCAUGGAAGGGGUGCUAGGGCAAUACAGGGGUGCGGCCAAGGAGGCUGGAGCCACAGCAGGGAGUUGGGUCCCGGUGAACUUGGGUGCAUGGCCUGGGCCCUGCCUCUCUGAUUAGGUCACAGAGGUGUGAGAGUCACCUGGGAGGACUGAGCCUCCCAGAUCCCCAGCACAGCCCCAAGCACCAUACAUCUGAGCCCCUGCAGGAGCUGGCCCAUUCCCAGCUCCCCUCCCCAGCCAGCCACCCUGACCUGCCCUUGCUGUUCCGCCUGUCCCCGCUUCCCCCAGGCCACUCAUCUGUCCCCUCCAGGCCCCAUGUUCUCCUCCAGCCCCAAACUUGAUCCCUCUUCAUGAGUUCCAGCUUCUCUACUGACCUUGGGUAAGUCACUUAUGCCCUUUGCCUCAGUUUUCUCUUCUGUAAAAUGGGGAGACAAUGGAGCUGACCUCAUGGGGUGGCUGAGAGGAUGAAGGUAUAAAAUACGCAGAGGAGUGCCUGGCCACCACACACUGCUGUCACAAUUUUCCCAAUUCCUGCCAGAGUCUCUGGUGACUGAGACGCUCCUACAGCACCCCUCCUCGCUCCUGUGCUCGGAGGCCAGCCCAGCGCUUUGCUCCAGCCAGCCCAGUUCAGGGGGCGCGAGCUGGGACACCAACGGAGGCUUGCCUGGCCUCAGGGCCGGGCUCCAGACACAGGUGCAAGUUCAACGCCAAGGCACCGCUUCCACGUGGGGGCCCUGGAAAGGCCACGUGGCUUCUCAGGACUGCACGUUCCCUCCCACUGAACAGGACACCUGGUCUGAGGGCAGAGCACACAUGAAGGGUGUGCAGGGACUCAGCAAACGGCACCCGGAGGGUGACCACACCUGCGACUCGGAACAGGAGUUCUCUGAAUGCCGGUUGCUAACCCUGUCUGAUGGAAUCCUGUCCCUUGGGCUGGAGAGGAAGCUCCUGGAAAGCCAGGCAGCCCCCUGACCUUCGUCUUCCUUCAGAGCCUGCACAGACCUGGUGAGCAGCCGUCAACAAAGUGUGUCCAGUGAGAGAAAGUAGGAACCCCUCUGACAGCACGGGCCACGCACAAGGGCCCUGGGAGAGCAGAGUUCAGCCAGGGCGAGUGUGCUGACAGUCAGACAUUUGGGGAGGUGCUUUUGAGCUGGGGUUCCAGACCUGCCCAGGAAUUGCCAGGAAGACUUCAGGAUCCAGGAUGCCGUGGCUCCUUUACACUGCCCGCCUUCAGCCCCAGCCCCGACGUGCUCCUACAACACGAUGUGCAUAUCACGUGCCCUGUGCCCAGACACUGGGUCAUCAAGCCUGUCUUGGCGCUCCAGGGCCUUGGUGUCUCCCUUAGUGCCAUUAGGGUGUGGGCCAGGCCCCCUGCACUAAGGAGCCCCUUGUCCACUGGGCUGCAUGGCCAGCUUCCCACCUAUUUGCCUGUGUGCGACAGUGUGGGUGAUGGGAACCAUGGAAAGCCUUGGGGGCGGGAGAAUGGAGAGUCUGCAAACAGAGGCAAAGGAGGCCUGCACGAGGGUCAUAAAAUCACAAAAUGUUUCAACCACAAGAGUCCUCUUGGAGAACUCCCAGAUGCUCCUAGUAGGAUAAAGACCAAAUUCCGUGCCAUAGCCUCUGAGCCAGCCCAAGGCAGCCCGGCCCCUCCCUCCGCACUCUGCUUCACCCCUCAGCUCCUCCAGUGCUCGGCUGGGCCCUGUCCUCUCCACUCUGCACAUGCUGUUCCCUCACCAGAAGCGCACCCUCCUCUCUCCGCCACUCCCACCCCAGCCCCCUUCGUCUGCUGACCCUCCACUGCCCCUCGGAGCCCAGCCUGACAUCACUGUCUUGGGGGAUCCUCUCCCACCCUCUUGCCUCCCUUUCCCUGUGGCUCCUCUGCCCCCUGCUCCUGCCAUCCUUCCUGGUGACUCAGCUUCCACAGGGAAGGCUCGCCCCACCCCCGCUCCUCGUACCCCAACUACCUCACCAGCAGUGACCGUGUCUCCCACCAUCCCCUCAGCCACAGCCUGGACUUGGUCUUCAGAAACCUGCUCUCUGUCCAGCUCUCGGCUCCCGCACUCCCCCCAGUCCUGGCCCCGCCUCUCUCCCUUCCCAGCCGUCUAGCUCACAGCCCAGGACCCCACACUACUCUUCUAACAUCACAUCUGACCCUUUGACCUCUUCCUUCUGAAACACUUAUCUGGCGCACCUCUGUCCCCGAACCCCUGUAACGCCAUCUCUGGCCCACACCUGUGCUGUGAACAGUACUGGCCAAGUCGCAGAACUGGGCUGACGGCUUGGGUGACAGUUAUGAUCUCGAAGCUCCCCCUGGGCUGGUAUGCUGCUUGUCAGUCUGGCUAUGUUUCUCUAGUAGGUUCUCUUCCUCCCUUGUCCUUCCCCAAAGCCCACCACACCCCUCCUCACUCUGACUUUUAGCUGAAAACCUCGUGUCCCAUUUCACUGAGAAAACAGAAGCCCUGGAAGUGAGGUCCCCCUUCUCUGCCCCAUCAAACCCACGACCCUCCCCAAUCAUCCCCCACCUCCCUCCCUCCUGGGCUGGUAAUAAGACAUCUCCCUCUUGUCCCCUUAUCAUCAGCCUUUUGCUUUCUUCUGGGUCAUUCUCAUUUGCCUGUAAUGUGCUCCAGGCUCUCCUAUCUUCAGAGCACCCAUCUCAACGCCACCGUCCCUACUCUAGCUACUGUCCCAUUUCUCUGCUUCUCUCCCCAAUCAAUGCCCUUUGCAGAAGUGGACAGUGGAGGUUUUUCCUCUGCGGCCUGGCCCAGGGAACCUCCUCCGCCAUGACACUGCCCUGGCCAACAGAUCCGCUGUGAAUUAACA